AUGGCUCGUCAAUCCGACACCUCCUCGUACACCACCAUGUCUGAUUCUCACAGCACCGAGUCUCACCACCCUACCCGGGAGGAUCCAGUUGUGGACGCAGCAACUUCGUCCCAUGCAAGAAGACCUAAGGAAACGGUCACCGGGUUUUCAUCAGAAAUCGCUCUUGAUGAACACACAAGGGAAGGGUCAAGGUAUGUACAUAACUCCAUUGCAACUAUCGUCACUCAGAUACUAUCUGGCAAUCGAGAUGUUCCUGGGGUUUCUCUUCCCUUGAACACAAUCAUUCCUGACAUUGCUGCAUGUCAAGAUAAAGCUGUUGUGUUGAGGAAAAAUGUCACUGACAAUGUUGAGCAACCAGAUGCUCAUGAGGGAUCAAAGGUUGAAAAACCCUCAGGCAAGGUGAGAAGUGAGAAGGCCAAUGUUACUCAAAGUGUUGAGGAUAAUCCUAGGGCUGAGACGAUUAACGUGGAAGAGCUCUCAGACAAUGAACUUCUGGCUACAGUUGUCCCUAGGAUAGCCAAGAGAGUCAGGACCAGAAGGGAGAAAAAGGUUGUGGAGCUGAAGUCCCCCUCCAAGGAGGUUGGUGUAACAAAUCCUCAAAAGCAACCAGAGUCAGAGAGUACACACAAGAGGAAAAGCUAUGGUCCUACAAAAGCUUGGAGCAAAGAGGUGCCUAAGAAGUUGAAGACCAAAGCUGUGGCGGUUGAGUCUGAAUCUGAUGCCCCAUGUGAUGUCACAGCAUCCAUGUCCAGGAAGAAACCCUCUUCCAAGGAGUGUGCUGAUGGGAGAUCCAAGGAAUUUCGAAAGGUCUAUGUGCGUGGAAAAUGUGUGACCUUUUCCCCCUCUGUGAUAAAUCAGUAUCUGGGAAGAGCGGAUGAAGAGCAACCUGAGCUUGAAGUGACUGACAAUACAGUCUGUCAAGUCAUCACAGCCAAGCAAGUCCGAAUGUGGCCUCUCAAAGGGAAGCUAGUAGCCAGCCAACUAAGUGUCAAGUAUGCAAUGCUACACAAAGUUGGAGCAGCCAACUGGGUCCCCACUAACCACAAGUCAACUGUGUCUGUGGCAUUAGGGAAGUCCAUCUAUGCAGUGGGAACCAAGGCAAGGGUGAACUAUGGUGCUUACAUAUUUGAUCAGACAAUGAAGCAUGCUGGGAGCUUUAGUCAUGUCCCUGACAUUGUCUUGACAUCGGGAGAGACUUCCAAAGCUGGCAACCAACCAGACAAAGCUGAUGUUAUUACAGUUCUCAAAGAGACCUGCAAAGAGCUGGGAGCUAGAAAGCAUGCACUGGAACAGCUCAUCUUGCAGCUGGAGUCUACUGCUGAGGACACGGAUGGAGCUGAAGGGCAAAUGGCUGAGGAGGAGGAAGAGGCCAGCUCUGAAGAACAGGAUGAUGAGGAGGCUGAUGAUGAGGCUGAGGAUUAA